AUGCUAAUUGUUGCGACAGGCCUAUUGUAUCUCCAUGGUAUCACCGACUAUAGCGAUGCCGUAGAGGAUGAAUGGUUGAUUGUAUAUAUCCUUCGGGAACUAUCCAAGUCUCAUCCCAAACUCUGGAUCAGAGUGUUUGACACAGAUGGCGAGUUUCUGCUUGUCGAAGCCGCAAAUGUACUUCCAAGAUGGCUGAACCCAGAAGUCGACAAUAACCGAACUUGGAUUAAUACGGGUCAUCUCUUGCUUAUUCCAGUGAAAGACGAGGACGGUCUCAAAUCUCGCAACCUUGAGCUGCCAGAAGCAGUUGAAAUCCUCAGAUCAAAACGUGAAGCCCUUGUACACUCAGGGUUUGUUGAAGCCGAGGCCUUCUACCGACUCGAAAAGUAUCCGGCGAAUAUCGGCGACUCUAUUCACCAUUCGCUCGUCACUAUACCAAGGAAACUAGCAUAUGUUCUACAUUCUCUCCCCAAAUCAGUUGCACCAGCCGUCGAGAUAUUCUAUCUUCGUGACCCCAUUUCUCUGAAACGUGUCAUCUCACCAACAGGGACGCCAUUGUUUCCGCCCGAAGACCUAAUCACGACAUCUGUUCGGUUCAGCAAAGUGCUUUUUGCCCAACUGCGAUCCCAGAGAUUCGAUAAUCCACCCAGCUGGGUUGAUGUGCUCCGUAAGGCGCAAAAGGAGGCGCCCCCCGGCGAGGCAGACAAGGCCAUGACGAGAUUGGAUAUUGGAAUGAAACUUACAUGCGGAUUCGAAAUGCUAUCUGCAAAGGCUGAUAAAAGUAAAAACAGAGCCGUACGCGAGCUUGCUAUCGUCCUCGAGGACCUUGAAGAGGACGGUGUUGAUGCUCUACCUUCGGACGAAGAGAUCAAGUCAUGGAAGGAUACCGACCGAGACGACAGCGAAGCCUGGAUGGAUAUUGACUACCAAGAAUUCGAACGGGAACUGGAUGGGAAGAGAGGGAAUAACGCUUCCAGUUCAAAAUCAGGGUUCGGUGACGCCAACACGCAAUCUGACCUUCGAAAAAUCGUUUCUCGUUUCGAAGCAUUUCUCAACGACGACAGUGCUGGAAUGGACGGCGCGGAACUUGACGAAAUGGACUAUGACGACGAUGAAUCCGACGAUGAUAGUGAGUCUGAAGAUAAAGAGGUCAGUUUCGACGAGGAAGAAUUCGCCAAAAUGAUGAGAGAGAUGAUGGGUCUACCAUCUACAGACUCAAACAACAGCAAGCCCAAGAAAACCACACACAAACCUGAACCGCCAGCUGUGGACGGAGAGGACGUGGAAAUCCAAAAACUCACCACAGAGUUCGAGGCUGAGCUGAAUGAGCACGGUGCUCUGAAGCUCGACCCUUCUGCUGAGAAACAACCUCGUCUAAAGGACACAAACCAGAAAGAAAGAGAAACUAGCUUGUCAAAUAUAGAAGAGGAAGGUGAAGAUGGCAGUGAGGAAGAAGUUGAUAUCGAUUACAACCUGGCAAAGAAUCUAUUGGAGAGCUUCAAGAGCCAGGGUGGUAUGGCUGGGCCAACAGGUAAUUUGUUAGGCAUGAUGGGCUUUCAACUACCACGAGACGAAGAUGAAGAUAACGGCAUGGAAUGUGACGAGGCUGGCGGCAGUUCGUCAAAGGGGAAGAGAGAAGCAAAAGUAUAA